UGGGGACGAAAUGUUGCUGUAUUUUUUGCUGGUGCCAUGUGCUGUGUUCACUCUUGGCUGUGCUAAAACUGUGCAUAUCUAUGUCAGCCCAACUGGGUCGGAUUCAAACUCAGGGCUUGAGGUGGGAAACCCUUUAAAGACCCUUGAGAAGGCAAAGUCUAAACUAGACGAAACUGGAAUAAGUGGAAACACCAUCUAUGUUGAACUAAUGAAGGGUUACUAUGACCUGCCCUCCACCCUCCACUUUACAUCCAAAUACACGGCCCCGGUCACCUUCAGGGCCUACAAUGACCAGGAGGUGCACGUGACGGGCGGCCAGCGGAUCCCAGCAUCCAUGUUCCACAAGGUCACGGACAACUCUGUUCUUCAGAUAUUGCCACACCAUGCCCGCGGCAAGGUUGUUCAAGUUCACCUCCCGAGUGCUGGAAUAUCUGACUAUGGCAACAUCACGCGCUUUGGUUUCUACACGACCAAGACUUCAUGGCUGGAGUUGUUUGUCAACGGAAACCCGUUACACCUGGCCAGGUACCCGAAUGAGGGAUACAUCGAUAUAACGUCUGUGAAGGCAAAGCACGGCACCACCUUCACACACGGCUCCACUGAAGAUGCGCGAUGGACACACGAGAAGGAGCCUUGGGCCAUUGGAUACUGGUAUUUUAGCUGGGCUGAUGAUGCAGUCAAAAUAGCUAAUAUUGACGCACAGAAACAUCAGAUCACCUUGGCAACAAAGAACCGAUAUGGGCUGCGAGUUGGGCACUACAACGAUGCCACGCUUGCUGGUUUCUCCCAUCAGGGCGGCUACUUCCGGGUGUUCAAUAUGCUGUCAGAGCUGGAUCAGCCGGGUGAAUACUACAUUGAUAGAUCAGCUGCUAUUCUGUACGUUUGGCCGAAUACUCCAAGCGGUGCUCUGUCAAACUCGGAUGUCAUAUAUGCCUCAAUGGUGACAGAUUGCAUCACAACAGAUAAUGAAGUCAGCAAUCUUCACUUUGAAGGUUUCUCGCUGGAAGCCUGUCGGCGGUACGGGUUUGACCUGGACAACGGACACAGCAUUGGUUUCAAGAAUAUGGAGAUUAAAAACACUGGUGGUUAUGGAAUCCAUUGCUCUGGUGACUGUCGGUCUGUGACGGUCUCUAUGUCUGAGAUACAUCACACCUGUGGAGGAAUCGCAAUCACAGGUGGUGACCGGAAAACACUGGCACCUUCUGGUAACCUGAUAGAAGACAACCACAUCUGGCAGUAUGCACGUGUAGGGGCCGUGGGUUACAACGCCAUCAGUCCUGGAGGGGUGGGGAUAUCCAUGCGCUACAACCACAUCCACGACGGCCAGUACACGGGCAUCAGAUGGGCGGGCAACGACCACGUGAUGGAACACAACCACUUGCAUCACCUGUGUGCCAACUCCAGUGACUGUGGAGCUCUACACGCCGGGCGAGACUGGACCAUGAGAGGCAACGUCAUCCGCUACAACUACAUCCACCACACAUUGAGGAAUGUCCCCGGUGCCCAGGUCAGAGGCAUCAUGCUGGACGACCAAUACUCCAGCGUCACCAUCGAGCACAACGUCUUCUAUGACAACGAGGUCCAUGCCAACAUCGGCGGUGGCCGUGACAACAUUAUCCGCUACAACGUGUUCUACAACGCCACAGGGGACGGUGUACAGGUGGACGGUAGGGGCUUGUAUCAUGCUAACGGAGGCGAAAUAAUGCAGCACCUGAAGGCCAUGCCGUACACCAACCCACUAUGGACGAGUAGAUAUCCAAAACUGGCGAAUAUGACAAACCCAGGCCAACCAGCAGGCAACCAAAUCUACAGCAACAUCUUCUAUAGCCUGCCCGGGAUCCCCAGUGUAUUCUACAGCAGUGGCAGCAUGGAGAGACAGGACUACUUCAAUGUUUCGAAUAAUCAUAAGUCUGUAUCACCAACUGACUUCUGGUCACCUGAUGAUGAUGACUUCCGGGUCAGAUGUCAUGCGCAGGAGUGGGCCAACGCCAUAAAUUUCCCUCAGCCAAUCGACGUGAACCACGUGGGGCCACGUCGUCCAACUGGGCCUGUCUACAUGCAGCAACCCAGACAAACUCACAAGUCCCCAGCUCAUCCUGCUGCAUGUGCAGGCACCAUCGCCCCAGCAACGAAGACACCACAGACGCCAUACUUCUCAGAUGGCUCCGGACCUAACACCAUCUACCCCAACAUCCAAAAACAUGGUUGCUGGCUCGUCAUCACUGGGUGCCCACUUCACCCCAUCAGUGGCACACAUCGAGACGUGUGGGGGGAGCAGCAUGAGCAGGCUGGGGUGAAGGAGGAGAACUGUCUGCAGCGGGCAGCAAAGGAGUGGCGGUACUGUGGCUCCCCCGACAAGGAAACUGUCACUGCAGUCUUCGGACCUACAGGUGCUAUGACCAUGGCCGGAAAACAUUGUUACUUCGCUGACUAUGGCUGUCCUACACACGGGACACCCAGCCCAGGGCGGCUGGAGGUAGACGGCUAUGGGGAAACCCACGGGGCACUGACCGAGGAGGAAAAGUGUUUGGGCAGAGCCCCUGGACAAUUUGAGUACUGUGGGUCCGAUCCUGCACACCCGUACACAAGUAUCUAUGGCCCCACAGGAGGUAUAAGACAUGCUGGAGGCGGGUGUUGGGUCAAGAUCUCGUCCUGUCCCUCUGAAAACAAACUGACUGGCUUCUUCUACGACGCCUGGGGAGCCACCAACCUAGAUACAGAUCAUGAGCGCAACGAAUGCCUGGCCCGAGCUGAUUACUUCUGGCAACACUGUGGGUCAAAUCGAGACCUCCCCGUCACAGCCUACUACAAACCAAGAGCUGUGUCUAAGACUGUCCCCUGAAAAUACACCUAUCACAUAAAACAACAGUGACUCA